AUGUCGCUAAGCAAUACACUCACAGGAUUAGCUGCUUGUGGUGUUUCAACUUGUUUGUUUGGAUCUUUAUUUGUACCCAUUAAACGAUUUAAUCCUGGUGAUGGUUUCUUUUCACAAUGGAUAAUGUGUGCGGCAAUAUUCCUGGUUGGCAUGAUAAUUAACGCCUAUGAAGGUUUCCCGCAAUUUUAUCCGCUUGCGAUGCUUGGUGGUAUACUUUGGGCAAUUGGAAAUGCAAUGGCAAUAAUAAUUUUCGAAUUGAUUGGUAUGGGUAUGGCAAUAUUAAUAUGGGGUAUUGCUAGCUGUUUGAUGGGUUGGGCAAGUAGUCGUUUUGGCUUAUUUGGCCUAAAAGAAAAUAUUCCAAAUAGUAUCACUUUGAAUUAUGUUGGCUUGUUACUUAUUCUUUUCGGUGGAGUGCUAUUUGCACUCAUAAAACCAACUAUGAAGUCUGAUGAUUCUAAGGAAAUUGACGGUGAACAAAAAAAUGAAUUGGUUAUAGAAGUGGAAUCGCCUGCUUUACCAUUAAAAUCACGAAAGAACGGUUAUGAAGAAACGAAAUUAUUUAGCAAUGAUGAAAAAGAGAAAGGAGAUUCAAUGAGAAAACGAAUGUUCGGUAUAGCACUGUCGCUGUUUGCAGGUCUAUUCUACGGGCUGACAUUUGUUCCUGUCAUUUAUGUUCAAGAACAUCCUGACCAGUUCGCAGGGGCACCAUCGGAAGCAUUACCAUACGUUUUUGCUCAUUUCACUGGCAUUUUCGUUACUGGUACAAUUAUUCUGGUGGGAUACGCCAUUAUCAAGCUUAAUAGACCAGUAGUCAAUCAUCAAAUUAUCUUACCUGCCUUUACUUCGGGUAUUAUGUGGGCUAUUGCACAAACUUCAUGGUUCAUUGCAAACAAUUACAUUGCUCAGUCGAUAUCAUUCCCUAUCAACAGUAUGGUACCAGGUGUCAUUGGAGCUCUUUGGAGUGUCAUCUAUUUCAAGGAAAUUUGUGGUACACGCAAUUUGAAAAUUUUAUCCGUAGCUAUAGUAAUUACUAUUACAGGUGCUAUAAUAGUUGGAUUAUCAAAGGAUCUUUAA